AAACUUAUUUUAGGUCUUAUCAAAGUCGGAUCAUAGAGGGCGUGGAGGGCGACAAAGUGAUGUACCGCAAGAAGGAGUACCUAGAGUUCGACGCCGAGGCCUCUUUCCCUCUCUCACUCGACGACAAAGUGACCAUAGUCAACGUGGCUUACCAUAACAUUCUCCAAAUGGCAGAGACGUUGUUUCCUACACUAAUGAACCUCCUGCCAUUGGCAAUGGGCGGAGUGUUCGGGGUCCACAACAGUCCCAUAAUGACCGUCAGGGUCGGAGACUUGCUGUUCGAUGGCAUCCCCAUCUGCAAGGACCCUGGGUUACUUGGAAGCAUCGCGUGCAACCAGAUAAGACCUUUGGCAGCUGAUGUACAGAACAUCGAGGAGCUAGAGGAUGGUUCUCUAGAAUUCACCAUUCUCAGAUUUAAACACGAUAGACCGAGCGACCUGUACGUGGCCAGCCGCGGCGUGGACGACGUGAUGGAGCUGGGUGUCAUCCGGUCCUUCAACGGCUCCUCCCACCUCGACUACUGGCUCAACUCGGACACGGACGAGCAAGGUCGCGAGGUGCCCAGCGUGUGCAACAUGCUCAACGGCACAGACGCGGGGAUAUUCCCGCCCUUCGUCAACAGGGACGAGCCACUCUACGCUUUCAACACUGAUGUGUGCCGGUCAGCGGAACUCCGGUACCAAUACGACACGUCGUACAAAGACAUACCAGUGGCGAGGUUCGCGGCCAACGAUUGGUUCUUGGAUAACCACCAGGGCUGCUUCUGCCUCAACAAGACGCGCGGUAUCAACCGUGACGAUGGGUGUCUCCUGUCCGGUGCUAUGGAGAUGUUCACCUGUAUAGGUGCUCUUAUGGUGCUCAGCUACCCUCACUUCUUGUAUGCCGACUUCGGGUACAGGAAUGGUCUCAUUGGCAUGCGUCCGAAUGAGGAGCAACACAGGUUGUUCGUCGACCUGGAACCUAACACCGGCACAGUCGUCCGUGGUAUGAAGAGAGCACAGUUCAACGUGUUCAUGCGCCCCGUCACCGCGAUCCCAGCAACGCAGCCGUUGCGCACUACCCUCAUGCCGAUACUGUGGGUGGAAGAGGGUAUGGAUUUACCAGAUGACUUCGUGGAUAUGGUGAAGAACCGAUUGCUCGCCAAUUUGAGGCUGGUGGACAUCCUCGUACCAGUCGUCAUAGCUCUCAGCUGCUUGGUGCUACUCCUGGGUGUGAUCAUCCUCGUCCGCGUCAAGACCAGGAGUCAAGGAACACCACACCAGAAGAACAUACAGCUCACGAAUUAAAUCAUUAAAAUAAACUGUGUA